AUGGCUGCUUUCGAUAUUUUUGAAGAAGAGGACAUGCUUCCAGUUCUGGAGGUUCGUGUGCUAGAUGGAACCAAAAAAACCAGUUUCCGAGUCAGACGAUUGACUAACUUUCCACCAGCUGAAACCGUAGAAGAGAUGAAAUCUGCGUUGAAAAUAUUCAUGCCAGAUCUCAAAAACGUGGACAACUGCGAAAUAGGAUACGUUUUGGACAGGAAUAAAAAAUACACCAUCGAGACCGAUGUUGACUUGCAGGACGCGUUCCAACAUCUAAGGAACGGUUACCAAAUGUGGCUAGAUCCAUCGCCAUCAAAAUCAACCGCAAAGAAACAGCAUGGAAGUAAAGUUAGCGGUAAAUAAUAUCCCAAGUCAUUGAUAUUUCUAAAAUAUUAAUUGAUGUUCUAUUGCUCUAUUGCCUUCUCAGCAGAUUACUAAUUCAUUGCAUGAAGUUUUUAAAUAAGAACUAAAUGCACCUUUGAUUCUGCCAACUCUGUAGAAAGUGAGAAAGUUCAAGACAAAGUUCGCCGGAAAGAAGACCAAGUGCUUGCUGAAAUGGAGGAACUAAAACGAGUUCAUGGGAAUACUCUGCCACCCUACAAAUACCGUUUAUGGGCGGAAAUGAUUGUAUGUUAUCAGAUAGGCUUCUAGCGUUCAUGUAAUAAUAUUAUUUACAAACGAUGGUAGGAUUAAUAAAUGUAUUGGCGUGAUUAAAUUCAGCCUUCUAAUUAUUAUUACACUUCAGAUUGUUGGGACUGCAACAAGAGAGACUGUACCAGAUGUCCCAAUGUUUGCUGCCAAUCCUGCAAAGCGGCCGCGACGAGAAACGUUGGCAGAGACGCUGGCCACGGUGGGACAUAGCAUUGCCAAUGCCUUCUUGAAGCCGGAGUCAUCUCAAGAACCUCCAGCUACAGUUCAAAAGGUAUUAAAGCGUUUUUACAAUGAAUCCCAGAAUCUUACGAUUACAAAUAUUCAGCUAGAAAUAAAUGCAAAUAAAUUGUUUCUGAUUCUGCUUUAAUUUAUAGGAACAAAAUAAGAACGAGACAGCAAAAGACAAAGCCAGUCUGAGGUCUGAAGUGAUAACGCAAAUAAAAGACCUGUUUGACCUAAAGCAAAUGGGUGCAAUUACGGAGCAGGAGUACGAAGCAAAAAAGCUAGUACUGUUAGAAGAUUUAUAA